AAUAGCAUAUUCACAACUCCCACAUCUCAAACUUCAACUCAAUCCCGCUCACAGAAAACCUCCAAAUCCACAACAAUGGAAGCUGCUUACACUUCAUCCUCUUCAAUUACCUCCAAGCAAGCACCACUGCCUUACCACCACUCCUCACUCCACUCCGUCAAGAAAAACUCAGCCAAGCCGUGGCGAAAGCCUGCAGUGGCACCGCUCCCUCCGACCCCUCCACGAGUGUACAAAGUCGACCCCAUCAACUUUCGUGGCCUUGUCCAGAAGCUCACCAGUGCACCCGAGUACCUGAACGAGCCGACUCGGUCGACUAACCUCCAAAGCGUGGCGCCUCCACCGAUCGAAAUCCAAAGAGGACCACCACAUGUUCCUUCUCCGGUUUCAGCUAAGGUUACUGGCAGCACUUCGCCUUUUUCAGUUAUGUACAAGGACUUGGCUGAGACAUUAGGGCUGAGUAGUACUCCUCAUCAUCAGAAGAAGGCAGUGGAUCAAAACAUCACGGGGGACUCGAGCUAUCUGCGGUUGAACUUGUCGCCGGCUUCGCAGCAUUGGUUAUCUUUUCCUAUGUUGAGCCCUGGAACUCUGACCAGUCUGGAACUCUAGCUAUUUAGUACAACUAUACUGCCUAUACUAGCUAGAGAGAAUAUGUAAACCCACUUUCUCGAAUUUGUGGUUUUUUCUUUACUUAUUUUUUGCUUUCAGUUGUAAUGCUAGCUCAGUAUAGAAGCUGUUUGAUUUCAUCAUUGUAGAAAUAUGAGUUUAAUUAAAGUAAAUAAUUUGAGUAUCUA